CCGCUCCCAGGCUCCUACCCGGUGCGUGGCCGGCGGCGCGGGCGGUCGGGGCUGCGCGGGGGCCGGGGCCAAGGCCCCGGCUGCUCCCGCCGCGCCCCCGCGCGUCCCCCGAGCCAUGCCGACCCCUGCGCUGCUCUGCGCGCUUUGCUUCUGCCUCUUGGCCGCGGCCGCUCGCGCCGGCUACUCGGAGGACCGCUGCAGCUGGAGGGGCAGCGGCCUGACCCAGGAGCCCGGCAGCGUGGGACAGCUCGCCCUGGCCUGUGCGGACGGCGAGAUCGAGUGGCUGUACCCGGCCGGGGCGCUGCGCCUCACCCUGGGUGGCUCCGAGCCCAGCGCGCAGCCCGGCAUCGUCUGCCUGCGGCCGACGCGGCCCUUCGCAGGCGCCCAAGUCUUCGUGGAGCGGACGGGCGGCGCGCUAGAGUUGCUGCUGGCCGAGGGCCAGGGCCCGGCCGGGGCCCGGUGCGCGCGCUGGGGUCCUCGCGAGCGCCGGGCCCUCUUCCUGCAGGCCACCCCGCAUCCCGACCUCAGCCGCCGCUUGGCCUCCUUCCGCUUCCAGCUGCGGGAGGACGGGCGUCCGGAGCUGCCCCCGCAGGCCCGCAGCCUUGGAGCAGAUGCUGCCUGCAGACCCUGCAGUGAUGCCGAGCUCCUCCUGGCUGUGUGCACCAGUGACUUUGUGAUCUACGGAACCAUCCUCGGGGUCGCCCACGACGCAGAGCUACAGGAGUCUGUCAUCACUGUGGCAACUGCCCGCGUCCUCCGCCAGACGCUGCCGGUUUUCCGGGUGGGGGGCCCUGGGGGCCAGAGGCAGGCCUCCAUUCGCACCCCACUGCACUGCGGCGUGCGCCCCGGCCCUGGCACCUUCCUCUUCAUGGGCUGGAACCGCUUUGGUGAGGCCUGGCUGGGCUGCGCUCCCCGCCUCCAGGAAUUCAGCCGUGCCUACGCGGCUGCCCACGCUGACCACCUGCACCCCUGCGAGGUGGUGCUGGACUGACAGGCCUGGGAGCAGGGUGCUGGGGAGGGUGGGGGGUGGCCUGCAGAUGGAAUUACAGCGUCACCUGCUUUUGAGGUAACAGCGAUGACCAAUAAGAGCGCUGAAUGGA